CCUUAUGGGAGACUCCAUUGCGGAAUUGCAUUAUCACUCGAAGAAACAAAACUCGCGGAUUGAAAGGAGUGAGUUCAUCAUCGGCCUGGUGGAGUACUGUGCAGGUCGGUCCAAAGCCAUGCCCACGUGGCUGGUAGUGAGCUACGAGAUCUACUGUGCGAUCUUCCAGAUGAUAGGCUCUUGCCCGGACAUUGCGGCUCGCACCUAUCUUGACGAAUGGCGCCGCUGAACGAAAGCGUGAUCAAGUAUCGUACACUCCUUGGACAAGCUCAGUAUCCCACACGGCCGAGAACGGGAAACUGGUCCAUUGAACUCGACAACGCACUCGAAGCUUACGCUUCAUGGCCUUUCGACAAGCGAGGGCAAGACGGGAGAUAUUCCAACGACGAAUCAAAUCCAAGGCCGCGCAUGAGAACGCUUCUACACUUGCCGUGUGCGAUGGGCAACCUGCUUUU